AUGGAUCAAGGAAAAGAUGGAGCAAAUCCUACAAAAUCACAAAUUAUGAUUUACAUUUGUGGUGAAUGUCAUCAAGAAAAUGAAAUUAAGGCUCGGGAUCCUAUCAGGUGUCGGGAGUGUGGCUAUAGAAUUAUGUACAAGAAAAGAACAAAGCGCAGUAUCCUUUUACAAUUUGUCUUCUUAUUAUAUCUUUUGUGUUUAUUAUAA